AUAUUACAUCUACCUUUCCUAGGAAUCGCAUUUUUAUUGAUGGAUGCUAAAGAAUGUAUUAUGUCAGCUGAAGAAAUAUUUCUAAACAAAAUUGAGAAGUUUAUUAGUCUUCACCGAAAUAGUUUUUUGGUUCUGUCUGCUACACUCCAUGGGCCUCCGGAAUGGGAACUGAUGUUUAGGAUUCAGCAGAGAUUCCUGGGAAGUAACUUACGGAUCCUUCCAGUACACAACAUAGUAAAUGCUAUUAAUAUUAUGUGUACUAUAGCUAAGACUACCUCUAAACCAAACAUAGACACCAUCUGCUAUAGAAUGAUAACAACUAAAGCUUACAUCAUAGAGCAAAGCCCUGUUUGGAAAACACUUCAAAAGAUAAAACUGAGUAGCGAUUCAAUUAGCCCAAACUAAAUGUUAGUGAUUCAAUUAGCCCAAUUAUAAAUGUUUUCUUUUGGAAAAAUAUUAAAGUUGUCUGUUAUUGUUCAGAUAUGUGUUUAAAAUGUUUAUAUUAAAUAACAUGUACAAGUAAAAGUGAUUUUAGGAGUUCUGUCUGGUAAU